AUGCCUCUAGCUUCAAAACAAAAAAGAAAAAUCAAAAAUCAAUCAAGAGAAUUAGAUGGAAAGUUUGGUUCAAAAAAAUCAAAAAUAGAAGUUAACUCUGGUGUUGAAAUUGAUUUGAAUUUAUUAAAAGAUGUUGAGGCAAGCAAUUUUCAAACAUUUAUGGAAGAAAUUGAGCUGCAAGAAGGUGUAAUGAUGAGGAUAGUGGAUGGGAAUUCAAGUAGAAGCAAUGGUAGACACAAUCAUGAUCAAUUAACGACACUUUUAUCAAUUCUCCUAAUCCCAUCACUUGGCGUCUUAAAGCAAAUUAGAGGAACAAUUUAG